AUGGCAUCACACCGAAGGUCGAGGUCUCUAUCGACCCCUUCUGAGGGUGAGAUCAUCGAGACAGGUACUGAGUUGAAGGCAACUGCGUCACAAACUCCUCUUAAUGGCACCAGCGUUGACCGUCCCCCCAGAGCUAGUGCGCCCAGAUCCCCUGCAUCGCGAGGCAGCCGAUCACCACGCCGACGCAACUCAUGGACGAGAUCGCGAUCUCGAUCUCCCUCUCGCUCGCCGUACCGUGAAAACAGAGAUAGAGGUUACAAGCGCAGGCGCGAUGAUGAGUACGAGAGCUCCCGGUACGAAUCCUCCCGUUAUGGGUCCAGAUAUGACGACAGACAAGACCGAGGCCCUUCGCGUCGACCCAACAAGCCUUAUCACGACUAUGACCGGGAAGAAACAUAUGGUGAUGGCCUACGGUAUACGGAUGAUUACGACCAACGCCAAGAUAAGCGCCAGCGCACUCGUAACCGAUCUCCGUAUCGCGAUCCACGGAAGCAGAAACGUUAUGAUGAGCCGGACUCAAAUGCGCAUCCAGCAGACCGCAAUGGACGUGGUCCUUCCUCUGGUCAGGUAGUGGGUGAAGGAAAGACCCCAGCUGGCUCUCGGGAUUCCAAGCUUGGUGCUGAAACACAAUCAACUCAGGUGCAGCAGGCUCUUCCUUCCCGUGUCCAUUUCGCCGAUAAUGUGAAAGCCUCUUCCUCGGAUGUUGCAGAGGUUUCGCAGCUUUCUGAGCCAAUUGAUGAAGCUGCUGCCUUAGAGGCACGUCGGAAACGUCGUGAGGCCACUCGGGCGAAGUAUCGAACCCAAGCAACACCCUUGCAUCUGCAAGCGGUGCACGCUGGAGAUGGCGAUACGGACUCAUCAACUCCUGGCACAGAGCCAACCAGUGCACAAGAUACGGCCGACUCUCCAUCCUUCUCACCAGCACAGACACCCAAUGGACAAAUUGGACAGGCUUUCGCUGAUUUUAAAAUCAGCAAGGAUACAGAUCUCGCCAACUCAAAUAUGCCACCUGACGGUGAACCCUCGGCUGCAGAUUAUGAUCCUACAGUGGACAUGAAAGAGGAGACCCAAAAACGUGAUGGUAGUCAAAGCACAAAAGAGGAUGUAUCAUCUGCAGCAUACGAUGAGACUCAAACUGUAAAGCAGGAUGUUCUUAUCCCUGAUGCUCCCCCUCACCAACCCCCAGUUCCUGCAAAGGAUCCUUAUGAUAUGUUUGCAGAAGACGACGACGACAUGUUUGCCGAAGAGAAGGAGGGACAACCAACCCACGCAUCGGCAAUAUCCGCCAUACCGCAAGCCAAGGAAUUGGACAUCAGCAUGAUGGACAAUUGGGAUGAUCCCGAAGGAUACUACAACCUCCGUAUCGGUGAGUUGAUCAACGGCCGGUACCAUGUCACGCAAACCCUCGGUAAGGGCAUGUUUUCUUCUGUUGUCCGGGCCACCGAUUCCACGACGGGAGCUCUCGUGGCAAUUAAAAUUAUCCGCCAGAACGAUACCAUGCGCAAAGCUGGUAUGAAAGAGAUUGGGAUUUUGGAGCAGCUGCGCGAGGCCGACCCCGAAGACAAGAAGCACGUGAUUAAAUUCGAACGCUACUUCGAGCACAAAGGCCAUCUGUGCAUGGUGUUUGAAAACCUGAGCAUGAAUCUUCGAGAGGUGCUCAAGAAAUUCGGUCGCGAUGUUGGGCUGAAUCUGCGCGCGAUUCGGGCCUAUUCUCAACAGAUCUUCCUUGGACUGAGUCUCCUCCGCAAGUGUAACAUCUUGCAUGCCGAUUUGAAGCCCGACAAUCUCCUCGUGAAUGAACAGCGCAAUAUACUCAAGGUUUGCGAUCUUGGUUCUGCUUCUCCCGCUUCUGACAAUGAGAUCACGCCGUAUCUGGUUAGUCGAUUCUACCGAGCCCCGGAGAUCAUUCUGGGCAUUCCAUACGACCACGCCAUUGAUGUCUGGUCCAUCGGAUGUACCCUUUUUGAGCUGUACACGGGCAAGAUCCUCUUCACUGGUCGGAACAACAAUCAAAUGCUCAAAUCCAUCAUGGAGUGCCGUGGAAAAUACCCGCCCAAGGUUCUCCGUCGUGGGUCUCUCGCCCACCUGCAUUUCGAUGACAUGCUCAAUUUCCACAGCAUAGAAGAAGACAAACUCACCGGUCGACCUGUUACUCGCAUCCUGGAUUUCAAGAAGCCCACGCGCGACUUGAAGACGCGGUUGACGGGCAAUGGUACCCGUGGAAUGUUAGAUGCUGAUGUGAAAGAGUUGACGAUGUUCUUUGAUUUCUUGGAUCGGUGUCUUACUCUGAAUCCUGAGAAGCGUAUUACACCCGCGGAGGCGCUGAAGCAUCCCUUUUUGGCUCGCAAGCCGUAG